AUGAGAGGCGUAUCGCCAUUUUCUACUUUCGUUCUCCUUUCUAUUUUUGCAGUUUCAUUCUGCAAAGAUAAACAGGAUUCAGGCAAUGGAACUAUUGUGAGAGCCCGUUUAGAGGUGUGUUGAAGUCAGCCUGUUUGUUUAUCAUGUUAAAACAGACAGACUUUUCAAGAGUGGAAGGUUCGAUCUGUUAAACAGCUGUAAGAUUCUUUGUGGGAACGGUAGUGGCGCAGGUUUCUCUGCUCCUCCAGUAAAAUAACUCAUUAAAUGUAAGUAUUUUUUGUACGUAAGUAGCCGUCCAGCUCCUAAAGGGUAAAAUAACUGCAACUUUAGAAGGCGUGAAUUAUUCCUUGUCAAUUAUUGAGCUUCCGUCUUUGUACUAAUCGUCUGCCCAGAAGCCAUCAAGAUUAUUCAUGUAAAUUAAAGUUAGGCAUGCCUCAGAAAGUUUUCUCCUCAUUGGAUCGAUCAAAAUUGAUAAAAUCGCUUUAAAAUGAUUACGCACUGCAAUAACGGAAAGAAAAAGAAAAUUUUUCAUGUAGUCCUUGAUUCUUUUGUUGCAAGUCGUUCACCUCUUUAAUAUUUUAUUGUCUGUGGUCAUUGUGGUGAAACCCUCUCAUCUUUUUUCAUUGGCUAGAAAUGGUGUAAUUUUUCUGUUCCUAGAGCAAUAUGCGAUAAUUAUUCCGUUAGGCUGCGGGAGAAUUAGCCUGGUAAAUCUUAUAAGGAGGGUGGCUAGGGGGAUGGCUAUUCUUUUGAGUGUUGAGAAGGGGCACAUAUGAACCUCAUGAGAUGAAUCAAUUGAAAAUUCUUAAAUUAUUUGUUUUGUUGGAAGUGUUAGAUAAAGUUAAGAUAGGGUCAGGGAAUGAUAACUUGAAAAACCAUGGCCAGGCAAACUCUCCAUUUGGUCACUGUUUGCAAUACCUCUUGAUAUAUUGUUUAUAGUGUGCUUACUUUGGUCAGCAACUCUGGUAGAAUGCAUAAAAUGUGUAGCUAAAAUUGUUAAAUAUUAAUCAUGGAUUUUUAAACAAGAGUCUAGGUCUGUCAGUGAGUCUUGGAUUCAUCAAGAGAACUGAGAUUUUUUCUUUUUCCUUGCUCAUAACAAAAUGAAUAAAACUGAGCUGGAGAAUUUACCAUGUUUCUCAACUGAAUAAUAUUUCCCUUGAUCCCUUGAUAGAGUGGUUUCAAGGAAAGAAGUAGAGGGAACAAAAUAUGCAUGUUAUUAUUUCUUUUGUGUACAUCUGUAUACUUGUUAUUUUUGUGAAUUUUGAUAUUUUGGAAAAUGUCUAUUGAUACAGCUGUGUAGACUUUUUUAAGAACUACUCCAGCAUAUUUAAGGUAUCAGAUUUUUUUUAUACAACUAAGGGUUUAAAAAAAUAUGUACACACACUUGGUCUCAAAGUUACUAAUUGUUAUAUUUUUCUCAGACCUGUGGUGGAUGACGUUUGAAUCGCCUCCCAGAGGUAAGAUUUACUCCCUGCUUGCUUUUAAGUAAGCUUGGUUGAAAAGAAAAAAAAGAAGUCUUGUUACAAGUUUCUACCUAUCUUGUGAAUGUGUAAAUAGAAAUCAAACUUGCUUUUUUAGCAGUUUACUUCAUUUUCAAGUGAGAGUUAUCAAUCAGUCAAGACCUCAGCACAAAUCAAAACUGUUAUUGUGGUACCACAGUUAAGCUAGCUCAUAUUAUGUCUUUUAUCAGUUUAACUAAAAAAUACUCUUUUUAUAUUUUUCCACAGGUGAAGGCUUUCAUUUCAAAGCUUUUGCCUUUCCAGUAUCCUUUUAUUCUUGUCCAUUGAUGCAAAUUGAAACUAAAGUGCAAUCCCUCUAUAACAGCUUUUUUAAGGACUAGGAACUUUUGCCAUACAGCACAUGUCUAACAGCUUUUCAUUAGUUUGGAAUGACUUUUGGUGGGAGUGUCCAUGUGCGUGUGGGAGGGGAGGGGGGAGGAAGUAACCUUCAUUGGACAAGCAUCUGUCUAAAGGGGGUGACAAUACUCCUUUUUGCUUCAUGCUCAGGAAACAAGAAUAAGCUUGAGCAGAGUGAGGGACUAGGUACAAUUGCUGACUUCACAUGUACAUGUGUUUAACACCUUUUUUCCCCAUCUGUAAUGUACCAAAAAGUGUCAGUUAUGUUCCUUUAUGAUGUAUAGCCAUGAUGUGAACAUUAAGUACAUUCCUGGUAAAGACCCAACCAUGGUGUUCUUAAAUUCUGACAACAAGGUGGUGCUGGUGAGUAAACUGUUUUACCAUGGCAGUGUCAUUUUCUAGAAGUCCCAAUCUUACUUUAUCUGACAAAGCUCUUGAUGACCAUACAGACACUGACACCUCAGUUAUCUGAUAGCUCAAUGAUUCUCACAAACUUUUGUCACUGUUGUUUUGUUAUCAACCUCCUCCAUUGUUUUUCCAUGCAGGAGGAAGAUGUUUCAGAGAUGAAGACAGAUGAAAUAUCCCAACUCUUAGAAAAGCAUGGAUUGCCUAAGUCAGCAGAAGCCAGGAGUGAAGUUCCUGAGGAGCCAGAUGAGCCAGAGGAACCGGAAGAGCCAGAAGAGCUGGAAGAGCCAGAAGAAGAGGAGCUGGAAGAGGGUGAUACAGAAGAAUAUGAUGAUGAUGAGGAAGAUGAUGUUACAGACCAUACUGAACUAUAAAUUCAUUUUCUUCCAAUACCAAUGAGCAGAGUAAUUUGAGUAGGGUGUAGGUUUUUCAAGUGGCUAUACAUGCUCACAUAAACUCUUUUCCUUAUAUUUCACAAUCAAGAAAAAAUAACAAAAUUUAGUUACCGGUAUGUAGGCUAAAUAUUUUACAUUUCUUUAAUUGAUAUAAUUUACAGCACAAAUUGGUAGAAAUGCAAAGAAAGACAAAGUGUUUAGUACAACAACUUUCAAGUCAUCCCAGGCUGUGAAGGUGUUUAAGAGUACAUGACACAGUUGUGGA